UGGGCCGCAGGAGCCCAGCAGCGCCGGGUCACACUCGCGCGUAAGCUGGAGUCAGGGGGCGCGCGGCUCCCCGCUUCGGGUGCCUGGAGGCCACCGCGGAGCCCAAGGCCAAACACAGGCUUCACUUCAGGCUACUUUAAGAAAAAUGGCCCUUCCAGCCCAGCAGAUACCCAGAUGGUUAAACUCAAUUAAAUUGAGUAGCUUCAUUAACGCCGUACAACUCAGAAAACAUGUUCCGAGACCUGGAAGAACCCUAUUGCAUGGCUUUUCUGCUCCAGCUCAGAUGUCCUCUGAUAAUUGCUUUUUCCAGUGGGGAUUUAAGACGUACAAGACUUCCUCCUUAUGGAAUAGUUCCCAGUCUAUUAACUCAAGCAGGCCAGAGAGCCAAGACACACUGACUCCUUCAGUGGAGCCGUCAGAGAAGAUACCCAGCUUUGAUUCUGAACUGGCCCUAGACGAACUGGAUGACUUGCCUCCACGUUCUCCACUGCAGCCCAUUUCUGAGGAGGAGGCCAUCCAGAUUAUUGCAUGCCCUCCAUUUCCCCCAGCUUCCUAUACACUUCAAGACUACGUCGAUCAUUCCGAGACUCUGCAAAAGUUAGUGCUGCUAGGAGUGGAUUUGUCCAAGAUAGAAAAACAUCCAGAAGCAGCCAACCUCCUUCUAAGACUGGAUUUUGAAAAGGACAUUAAGCAAAUACUCCUAUUUCUCAAGGAUUUGGGUUUGGAGGAUAAUCAAUUGGGAACAUUCCUGACUAAAAAUUACGCCAUUUUCUCUGAGGACCUUGAAAAUCUGAGGACCAGGGUGGCUUAUCUCCAGUCAAAAAAUUUCAGUAAGGCAGAUAUUACACAGAUGGUCAGAAAUGCACCAUUUUUGCUGAGUUUUUCAGUGGAAAGAUUGGAUAACAGAUUGGGAUUUUUCCAGAAAGAGCUUGAACUCAGUGUGAAGAAGACUAGAGAUCUGAUUGUUCGUCUACCAAGGCUACUAACUGGGAGUCUAGAGCCUGUGAAAGAAAAUAUGAAGGUAUAUCGUCUUGAACUUGGUUUCAAACAUAAUGAAAUUCAACACAUGAUCACCAGAAUCCCAAAGAUGCUAACUGCAAAUAAAAGGAAGCUUACACAGACCUUUGAUUAUGUGCACAAUGUGAUGAACAUCCCUCAUCACAUCAUUGUGAAGUUCCCACAGGUAUUCAAUACAAGAUUUUUUAAAAUUAAAGAAAGACAUCAGUUUCUUGACUAUUUAGGAAGAGCACAAUAUGAUCCACAAAAACCUAACUACAUCUCUUUGGAAAAAUUAGUAUCUAUGCCUGAUGAAUUAUUUUGUGAAGAGAUUGCCAAAGCGUCAGUAAAGGACUUUGAAAAAUUCUUAAAAACUCUUUAGUUUUUGAUGAAUGCUAAAAUAAAUUAAUGUAAAGUACUUAUAUAUGUAAAUAAAUUUACUUUUAAAGUCA